CUGACGACAGCCGCAGAAACCCUCAUCUAGCCGUGCCCCUCCGCUACAUCUCCCUCCACUUACUGCGCCCACGCCGUCGCCGAAGCCUUGUCUGCUCUUCCCUCCCGAUCCCAUCGAGAGAAAGAUCACCUGCGAAACUUUCUUGAGGGGAGAUGGCGGUUUCUUUCGCAAAUGUUAACUCUGAGGCAGGACUUAAAAAGCUUGAUGAGUACCUUCUCACUCGCAGCUACAUCACUGGUUACCAAGCUUCCAAGGAUGACUUAGCUGUCUAUUCUUCAUUUUCUGCGGCUCCCUCAUCCAAGUAUACCAACGUCGCAAGGUGGUACAGUCACAUUGAUGCACUCCUGAGGCUGAGUGGAGUUACUGAAGAGGGCAAAGGUAUCAAGGUUGAAUCAUCCGCUGUUCCUGUAGCCUCGACUCCCGAUGUUGCUGAAGCAAAGGCCCCAGCAGCUGAUGAUGAUGACGACGACGACGAUGUUGACCUUUUUGGUGAGGAGACCGAAGAGGAGAAGAAGGCUGCUGAAGAGCGUGCUGCGACUGUCAAGGCUUCUGGCAAGAAGAAAGAAUCUGGGAAGUCAUCAGUUUUGCUUGAUGUGAAACCAUGGGAUGAUGAAACUGAUAUGGCCAAGCUCGAGGAAGCAGUAAGGAGUGUGAAGAUGGAGGGCUUGUUCUGGGGGGCCUCCAAGCUUGUACCGGUUGGAUAUGGCAUAAAAAAGUUGCAAAUCAUGAUGACAAUUGUUGAUGACCUUGUCUCUGUUGACACUCUCAUCGAGGACCAUUUAUGUGAAGCGCCAGUGAAUGAGUACGUCCAGAGCUGCGAUAUUGUCGCCUUCAACAAAAUCUAAAUUUUCUUGAGGCAGGCGAUGGUGGUCGGUGGACAAAAGGCACCAGCCCAAUUUAUCCAGAGUUUCGCGUCGAUGUGUCAUCGUGGUGUCGCUAGUAAUUUGCCCGUGAGGUUUUUGGGACCUAAUCGAGUCGAGUGUACAAGUACCAAGUGAUUUUGCUUUAAUUUGGAAUGACCAUCUGGCUGGACUGCUGUUUGCCACCA